UUUCCACUUGUUGCAAGAAGAAGAAAUGCACUAUAUCUGUGUUUGCUGGAAGGGUUUGGCGGCUCCACCGAUUCAGCCAAUCAUACACCAAAGACACGGCACGGUGACUACUUUUGCCUCAAAAUCCGGAAGAAUUUCACUUAACUCGUUAUUAAAAAAUUGUAAAACUUGCCUAGGAAAAGGGGCCGUUGAAUGUCGGGGAUGUAAGGGAACGGGAAAGAAUAAGAAGAACGGAAACAUGUUUGAACGGUGGAAAUGUUUUGAUUGUCAAGGAUUUGGGCUAAAGAGUUGUCCCAGCUGCGGAAAGGGUGGGUUAACACCUGAACAAAGAGGGGAAAGAUAAGACUUCAAUGACAUGCACCUUUCUACUUAUUAAUAUCAAUACAUUGUCUUAUCCCAUGAGGACUUGUCAAUCAUUUGAGACUUGUAAGCAAAACUUUAAUUUAAUGUUAAUCUUUAUUGUGUGAAAUAUUAAUAUAGAAUUAUAAUUUU